CGUAAACCGUAUCCCUUCAUUCAUCAGGCCGUUUCCUGAAGCCAUUUCUAGACGGGCGAAACGAGAGUUGCGCUACUUUUUAAUCCGCUGCAUCUGCCUAAAUGCACUUUUAUAGGAAAAAAUACUUUACAGUAGUCGAUAAAUCAGACUUUGAAGUGUACUUUGGUCUGAUUAUUUUUUUAACUUUCGCCACGGAUUAAUAGAAAUACGGUCUUAAAAGUACAGGGACGAGAAAGAGGUUACCCCGAAUACGCAAGAUGAGAAGAGGGAUCUCCUCGGCUCCGGAUAAAGUGAUUUUAGCGGGGGUUGGGGGCUCUCAUUUAGACAAUAAUAUAAUUUUAACAACAUUAACGGAUCGUUUGAAUCCUGGACAAUCAAAUGCUACUUAUAUUCAAAUAAUUACGACCCCACCGCCUUGCAACGGUACACAGACAUCAAAUGUGUGUUUAUCCGACCCUCAGAUAAACAACCUCUAUACAACUCCACAACAAGCUGCUGCAAACGGGACAGGACAACGGCCUACUCUCGGAAGACCACCGGCUAAAAGACGACUUGCCUUAGAUGACUCUGAUCACCAAUACCAGACAGAUGUAGUCAGAACACCACGAGGCAGAGGAGCUUCUGCAACCUCCAAUGGAGCGGGCCUAAAGACGCCCAGAACACCAAAGUCACCACCAGAGAAGACGCGGUAUGACACAUCCCUUGGAUUAUUAACAAAGAAAUUUGUUGAUCUGUUGGCUCAGUCUUCCGAUGGGGUGUUGGACCUUAACAUUGCUGCUGAAACAUUGCAGGUCCAGAAAAGGCGUCUGUAUGAUAUCACCAAUGUGUUGGAGGGUAUUCACCUCAUAAAGAAGAAAUCCAAAAACAACAUUCAGUGGAUGGGAUGCAGCCUGCUAGAAGUAGAGGGAGCACUGACCCAAAGACAGAUCCUGACUGCAGAAGUUGCUGCACUAGCAGAAGAAGAACAAAGACUUGAACAGCUGAUCCAGAGGUGCUCUCUGGACAUGAGACACAUGAGUGAAUUGCCCAGUAACCAGAAAUAUGCAUAUGUAACAUAUCAAGACAUCAAGCAGAUAGGAAGUCUUAAGGACCAGACGGUCAUUGUUGUCAAAGCUCCUACAGAUACCAAACUGGAAGUGCCAGAUCCAGAUGAGAGUUUAUCUAUCCAUCUGACAAGCACCAAGGGCCCUAUUGAUGUGCUGCUAUGUCCAGAUGAGGAGCUGGAUCCUCGAAGCCCUGUGAAAGGCUGCAACAUGGACAUUAAUGGAAAUUCACCUUUUCUUAAAGUUCUUCAGGAUUCAAACUCGACGACUUGUUCCAGCUCCUCUCUGGCUCCACCUUCAGCCUCAGCUGUUUCUGUCACCACACUGUCACCCAUCUCGUCUCCAUACACCAGUCUGCUCCAGCAGACUGAAGACCAGAUCCCUUCUGCCCUAGGACCCUUCCUAAAUCUUGGACCACCACUGGAUCAGGAUGACUACUUGUUAGGUUUGGGAGAUGACCAGGGAAUCAGUGACUUGUUUGAUGACUUUGAUAGGAUGCCUUCUCUUGUUCUAGAUGAUCUUUUGUGUAGCUAGCAUUUGCUUAAACUUUUCACAAGUGCAUGUCGACUACAGUCUGUAGUCAGCUGAAAGAACUUGUCACAUUUAUCAAAACAGUUGCUCAAGUGGGUAUCUCAGGCUAAGGGUACAUGAAUAAUAUAACAGCAAGAGUCAUUACGUUUUUACACUGUCAAAUGUCAAGUUGAACACCAC